CUCAAAUGGCAAAAUGAGAUAGCAACCUUCAGUUUUUUUUCCCCUAUAUAAACACAAACAGCCCUGAAAUAUCUCAUAUCCUUUUGAAAAAUUCUUCAUCUCCUGCCAAUGCCCUACCAAAAAUCAAGGAUCCCUUUUGCAUCCUCUCUUCUCCUUCUUCUUUCCCACUGAUCAUUUCCUUCACCAUUUCCUCAAGAUUCAGAAAAUUUUCAAUACACAAAAAAAAUGGCAAAUUCAGCAUCCGGAAUUGCUGUGAAUGAUGAAUGCAAGCUGAAAUUCUUGGAGCUGAAAGCAAAAAGGAACUUCAGGUACAUAGUGUUCAAAAUCGAUGACACCGUCCAAGAAGUGAUGGUGGAAAAGGCGGGGAACCAUGGGGAGAAUUAUGAGGAUUUCACCAAUAGCUUGCCUGCUAACGAGUGUCGAUAUGCUGUGUUCGACUAUGACUUUACCACUGAUGAGAACUGCCAUAAAAGCAAGAUUUUUUUCAUUGCCUGGUCACCAGACACUGCAAGGGUGAGGACCAAGAUGUUGUAUGCGAGUUCAAAAGACAGAUUCAAGAGAGAGUUAGACGGAAUCCAGGUUGAGUUACAAGCAACUGAUCCCAGUGAGAUGAGCUUGGACAUCUUCAAAGAAAGAGCUUACUGAAGUUUGUUUUUCCAUAUUCAGCUAUUCACUACUUCUUUUCUGUUCUUGAUCUUCCUUUUGUUUUCUGCUCUUCCCAUGUCAACUGGGGCUGAUUAUUGGGAAUUCAUUAAAGUAUUCGAGCAAUUGAACUAUCUUUAUUCCUAUUAUAUUUGAAAUGUUAUAUUCAUGUAUUCGGUACA